AGUCGCUCACUAUACUUGGCUCCCGGUGGAUUGCUAGACCGCUGACGGUGACGCUCGAUGACGAAGCCUAACGUAUUUUGAAAACAUCUCCGCGUAAUUUUUAUUUCAAACGCGUCCACCAGCCAGAGAGCUUUUCUCCAUAACGACCUUUCGAUUUUUGUUCCACAGUGUUUCCAAACGCCGACAUCUAGCAAGCGUUUCAAUAUAAACAAAUUAGUUGGUGUUAAAUGUGUCCGUCGGUGUGGAAAUAACAACAAACUAGCGCAACAUAUUGACAAAUGCAUAUAUGUAUGUAUGUAUGUAUAACAUGCAUACCUAUUUACAUGCUUACAAAUGUGUGGAAGCUUUCAUACGCUCGCUUAGUCAAUUAUUAAGUCAACUAGACAAUACGUCAAAAUAUAAGCUAAAAAUAUGACAACGGAAACAUCAAUUAAUGCCAUGCAGCGGCAUCUGCUGACCAUCGAAAAGUUACGCACCCGAGUACGUCAAAUGUUGCAAUGUGUAAUCAAUUUGCAUAUUGAAUUUUUGGUUUUAGAAUCGAAUGUUUCUCAACUAAUCGACGAAGUGAAAGACUUCAACGAUGAGCUACUCGAAGUACAACGCUUAGACGAGCUUAUCAUUGCGCUGCGCAAUUAUAAUGGUCCAACAAUAUGUCACGAAUGGCCAUAUCCGCUUAUAUUCAAAGGAACCAUCGAUGAUGCAGAUGUCGCACAAAUUCUCAAUGGCAAGCAGCGAAUUGGUAGUAAAAGUCGGAAGAGCAACGACAACAAAGUUAGCAAUGGAUUCAAGAGCAGAGUAACAAUGAAUACUACUGCAAGUCUAGUUAGUAAUGAAACGGUAUAGCAUUUAGUAGUUUGUAAACUUAGACACUUAGGAAUAUGUAGUAUGUAUGUAGAGAAUUAUUAAGCAAAAUUUCUUCGAAACUGUUAUGAGUUUUCCAUAUGUAUAUGUAUGUAUGUAUACAUGGUAUAUACAUAGAUAGGUAAAUAUUUAUUCUAAAUGUGAUGAUUUUGCUAACAUGUAUCUAUGUAUGUUCAUAUAUAUUCGUAUUCACAUGGCAAUGGCUGAUGAUAUAGCCUUCAUUUAAAUAGCAUAUCAGGUGUCUUAUUUCUACGUACAUACGAUGAAUACUUUACGCCUUGGUAGUUAUGUAUGUAUGCACAUAUGUAUGUAUGUACGCACACCUAAAAAAGUCAAUGAAGUUGUGAUUUACUAUGUACGAGUAUGUAUGUAUGUAUGUACCUAUGUAAUAUGAACAAUGUUGAGAGAUUAUGUUGCCAUUAAAUAAAGACUGUGUGAAAAAAUGCA